AGUGCUACUACGAGCAAUGACGGCACGGCUCAUAGGUUUGCGCCUGGUCACCGUAGCGACGGUUGCUCAAUAAUACUCAUUGUCAGUCGCGAUUGUCUUGAUUUUUUUUGCCUGUUAGCUACAGUUCUGCUCAUGUAAUUCAAGUGUGAUACCUUCGUUUUACACAUAAAUUUGUGAUGGGGAUGUUAGCUUGUUUACAAUACUUUCUCAUCGGUGGUGCUAUCGUAGUUGGUGUAUGCGGUAUCGUGGAAAGCGUAUGCGCCGGUUAUUUCAUAUAUCAGUUAUACGAAUAUUCGUCCCUCGCACCCAGCAAUGUAUGCGGUUCAGCGAUAACGUUGUUGGUGAUAGGCUUGAUAACAGCUGUGAUAGGAUGGUGUACUUGGCAAUUUCUGGAUUUCACGAACAGUGGCCAAGUCAUAAUUUUUUCUAUAGCACUGACGAUUGCUAUUAUUGUCAAUACGAGCGCUGGAAUUUGGGCCCUUGUAAGGCACGAACAAGUGGUCCUAUUGCCAAACGUGGAUCUCGAUCAGGUGUUUGAACGUGCUCUAUCAGACGAUAAAGCUCAAUGGGAUCAUAUGCACUCACAGUUACAUUGUUGUGGAAUAAACGGACCAGCUGAUUUUAGUAAACAAGAUGCAGUCCCUUGGUCUUGUUGCGAUCUUUCAAUGGUAACAGAUUCUAGCAACAAUAAAGGCACUUGUACCACGCUGUAUGCACACGGGUGUCAGCAUGCAGUGCUUAAUCGUACUAAAUCGAUUCUUCUUCAUAUUUUCUUACUAGCAUUAUCCUCUGCACUGUUGCAGGUCUGCUUCGUAACGUGUAUGUCUUGUUACGCAAGAGCUUGCCGAGAAAGGACGAAAAGAAUAAGAGAACGGGUGAUCGCUGCAGAAUCGUUGGCUCGAGCAUCUAAAGGAGACAUAACAAUGGGCCAGAAUCUCCUUAAACAAUCGAAGAGCAGAACAUCGAUUGACUUUUAACGCACGAAUAAUUGUUAUACAAUAUUUAGUACUCAUUGAUUGUACAUACAUACUUUCAUUUCUAUUGCAUAGCAUGCAUUUUGACUGCGCGUACACCCAGUCAAUUUCUUAAAUAUAUAUCAUUUAUCGUUUUUGAUAAUACGUAUGUUGCGCUAUGUGACGAAAAAUCUUUUGUCAAGUUUGAAGCAUGCAGCAAAGCAAACCAAAAAGCGAAUAUGAAGUUCCUCAAGUCAGACUUUAUAAUUACAUUUGCUACAUGCAAUUUAACAAACCACAUUAUCAAACAUUGUAUAUCGACAUACGGAAAAUGGCUAUUUUAUUACUGAACAUAUAUAUAGGUUUGUAUGAAGCGAUUGCAAGUGAUGUUUGGACAAUACAAUCAUUUUUAUUAUAGACAUUCAA